AUGUUGCCUUUUCGCGGGCCAAACCCCGACCUACUCCCCAACCCCAUCCCCCUGCUGUACAUCACGCCUCCCGGAGACCGCUCCGUACCGACAUUUUAUCUCGACCGCGCGCGCCGCGGCUUGCGCCUCCCAGUUGGCGGUGUGCGAUCCCCAUCCCUCCUUCAUUUAGGCUGGAAACCUCGCCCAACCCUCUCUCUCCAGAAAGACCCAUACGCGCCGUACAUUCCAGAGACACUCGAGCCUUCGACUAGACCGCUAGACAUCAUCGCCAUGCUCCUCACUUGGAUCGUCACCCUCCUAUCGUGGGAACUACCCCAACCCCUCCUCCCCUCGGGAGAGAAGAGGCGCCGACACAGGCGAUACCCACCCAUUGCAUUUUUGGUCCUCUUGUUCGGAGGGACUCUGAUCAUCUCGGCCACGCUUCACGCCAGCGCUUACGCUGCCGAUACCGACUUUGAAAUCGUCGAUCCCCUCCUCCAUCGCGUACCCGCCGUCGAUGCUGGUCUGUACCCCCCCAAGACCGGAUGGAUACGACAUGUCGAGGCGCGUUCUUUCGAAACCGCAAUCGAGGGCGAGGGCGAGGGCGAUGGUGAGAGCGAGCGCGGGCGCAAGAUGGAGAGCGAGCAUGUCGUUGCCGACGCGCACCUGUGGGACCUUCUCUAG